AUGAAGACCAAAAAAAGAAAAAUUGUUCUGGUAAUUGACAAUUGUACUGCUCAUACGGAUUUACCUACGCUCGAAAACGUGAACGUAAUUUUUUUACCUGCCAAUACUACCAGCCAUUUGCAGCCAUUGGAUCAGGGAGUAAUUCAUUCUUUCAAGAGAUAUUAUCGCAAAGAAGUAGUGAAACAUGUUUUGACAUGUUUACAAAAAAAUACUAAGCCUGAAAUAAACGUACUUCUGGCUAUAAAAUUCGCCAGCAAAGCAUGGUACGCAAUAAGUGACAUUACUAUCAAGAAUUGCUUUAAGAAAGCCGGAUUUUGUACUGACGCAGGAAACUCUGCAGAAGAAGACGAUGUUGAUGUCCCUAGCAUCGAGGAGUGGAGUACACUCUUGUUUUGUGAAAAUAGCGUUGAAAAUCCAACUUUCGAAGAUUUUGUAAGAGUAGAUGACAACGUGAUAGUUGCAGGAGAACUCACGGAAGAUGAUAUAAUAGCUAAUUUAACCAUGGCUAACAAUAGUGCUGAAGAGGAUGAUGAAGAAAACGAAAAUUUGACUGUAACAGAAAAACCCGUUCCAAAUAAGCAAGAGACUUUAAAAGCGUUAGAGACUGUUCAUCGUUUUUUGGAAUUUUCUUCAAGUGUUGAUAAAUCUCUUUUCGAUAAAAUUUAUGCGCUAGAGAAAGAAGUCGAAAAUAUUAAUAUAAAAAAACAGACGAAAAUAACGGACUUAUUUAAUCCUUUUAAAUAA